AGCAGGCCCUGUUGGCAAACGAGGGCGGGCAUACUUAGAAGUUUAUGGUGGUCGCCUGACCGGAUGGAAAAAGUUUGUGGAGUGAUGAAGAGAUCGUCGUCAAGAGUUUAACUCGAGUUUGAAGCAGCGGAUUUAAAGUCAACAUGGGGAACCGUGGGAUGGAAGAGCUGAUUCCCCUCAUCAACAAACUGCAGGACGCCUUCAGCUCCAUCGGCCAGAGCUGCAACUUGGAGCUGCCGCAGAUCGCGGUGGUGGGGGGCCAGAGCGCGGGGAAGAGCUCGGUGCUGGAGAACUUUGUGGGCAGGGAUUUUUUGCCAAGAGGAUCUGGUAUUGUUACUCGCAGGCCACUUAUUCUCCAGCUAGUAAACAGCAAAGCAGAAUAUGCUGAGUUCUUGCACUGUAAAGGCCGUAAGUUUGUGGAUUUCGAUGAAGUUCGAUUGGAGAUCGAAGCAGAGACGGACCGAAUCACAGGAUCCAAUAAAGGAAUUUCACCGAUACCCAUCAACCUGCGUGUUUAUUCGCCAAACGUUUUAAAUCUUACACUGAUUGAUCUUCCUGGCAUGACUAAGAUUGCAGUUGGAGAUCAACCGGUAGACAUAGAGUACCAGAUCAGAGAGAUGUUACUGCUGUUUAUUUCAAAGGAGAACUGCCUCAUUCUGGCUGUUACGCCUGCCAACACUGACCUAGCCAAUUCAGAUGCCUUAAAAAUUGCCAAAGAAGUCGAUCCACAGGGACUUCGUACCAUCGGUGUAAUUACCAAACUGGACCUCAUGGAUGAAGGAACGGAUGCCAAAGACAUCCUAGAAAACAAACUGCUGCCUCUGCGCAGAGGUUAUAUUGGUGUAGUAAACCGAAGCCAGAAGGACAUUGAUGGGAGAAAGGACAUCCGUGCUGCUCUGGCAGCUGAGAGGAAAUUCUUCCUUUCUCAUCCUGCAUACAGACACAUAGCAGAAAGAAUGGGCACACCUUACCUGCAGAAAACACUUAACCAGCAACUGACGAAUCACAUUCGUGACACUCUGCCGGCGUUGCGCAGUAAACUACAGAGUCAGCUGCUGUCUUUGGAGAAAGAAGUGGAUGAAUACAAGAACUUCAAGCCUGAUGAUCCAGCACGCAAAACUAAAGCAUUAUUGCAGAUGGUUCAACAGUUUGGUGUGGACUUUGAGAAGCGAAUCGAGGGUUCUGGUGAUCAGGUGGAAACUCUAGAACUCUCAGGAGGAGCUCGAAUCAACCGCAUCUUUCAUGAACGCUUUCCUUUUGAGCUUGUCAAGAUGGAGUUUGAUGAGAAGGAAUUGAGAAGAGAAAUCAGUUAUGCAAUAAAGAAUAUUCAUGGUGUCAGGACGGGUCUGUUCACCCCUGAUCUGGCGUUUGAGGCCAUAGUGAAACAGCAGCUUGGAAAGUUGAAGGAACCGUGUCUUAAAUGUGUAGACCUGGUGUUGUCUGAGCUCUCCAUGCUCAUUCGCAAGUGCACAGAGAAGUUGAACUCUUAUCCUCAUCUACGAGAAGAGACGGAGCGAAUCGUCACCACUUACGUCAGAGAGAGAGAGAGCAAAACCAAAGACCAGGUGAUGCUGCUGAUAGACAUCGAGCUCUCUUACAUCAACACGAACCAUGAGGACUUCAUAGGCUUUGCUAACGCUCAGCAGAGAAGCGCAGCGGUCACUAAGAAGAGUGCAAUGCCUAACCAGGUCAUCAGAAGGGGUUGGUUGACCAUCAACAUAAGCAUAAUGAAAGGUGGAUCUAAAGACUACUGGUUCAUUCUGACCGCAGAGUCCUUGUCCUGGUACAAAGAUGAGGAGGAGAAAGAGAAGAAGUUUAUGCUUCCUCUCGAUAACCUGAAGAUUAGAGAUGUGGAGAAAGGGUUCAUGUCCACCAAACACACCUUUGCCAUCUUCAACACCGAGCAGAGGAACGUGUAUAAAGAUCUCCGUCAGAUUGAGUUGGCCUGUGAUUCUCAGGAGGACAUGGACAGCUGGAAAGCCUCUUUUCUGCGAGCUGGAGUCUAUCCUGAAAAAGAUCAGGUGGAAAACGAGAACAGCGCUCCGACCGACUCCAUAUCCAUGGACCCUCAGCUGGAGAGGCAAGUGGAGACCAUCCGCAACCUGGUGGAUUCCUACAUCAGCAUCGUCAACAAGACCAUCAGAGACCUCAUGCCCAAAACCAUCAUGCACCUCAUGAUCAACAGCGCAAAGGAGUUCAUCUACUCGGAGCUGCUGGCGUAUCUGUAUUCGUCUGGAGAUCAGAACAGUCUGAUGGAGGAGUCGGCAGAACAGGCUCAGCACAGAGACGAGAUGUUGCGCAUGUAUCACGCACUCAAAGAAGCUCUAAACAUCAUCGGUGACCUCAGCACCAGCACGGUUUCAGUACCUGUACCUCCACCUGUGGAUGACACCUGGAUACAGACCGAGCCCAGUCUUCCUGCUCAGCAUAAGCCACCAGUAUCGGUUCCCCCUCCCGGUCGCCCUCCUGCAGUGCGAGGCCCCACCCCUGGUCCUCCUGCCCCGCCGCCUCUUAACCCCACCCCUGGGUUUGGGGUUCCGCCCGUGCCAUCCAGGCCCGGACCGCCUCCCGUCAACUCUAAUCCUUAUGGAAGUGGCACGCUGGAGCCGAUUGUUGCUCCUCCGCCUCAGGUGCCAUCUCGGCCCGCCCGCGUGCCCCCUGCUCUGCCCCCUGGCAUACCCAGCAGAAGACCUCCAGCAGCUCCAAACAGACCCACUAUAAUCAGACCAUCAGAACCGUCUCUACUGGACUGAAGAGCUCAGAAUCCGACUGCCAGCGGUCUGGAUACUGAAACCAAAGAGCAAGACACCACACACACACCUGCACACACAUUCCCUGUUAUCUUUACAUACACAUACAUUUACAUACACACAAACAUUUAAUCUGAUUGCAGGUCACAAAAGUACAGUUUACAUGCACCCUAAACAUUGCAGUCUGAUAAAAAUGAUCGUUUACAUUUCUAAAUAAUCUAAACCAAACAUCUGUGCAAGCACAUAGCCAGGGUUGCCAGAUUUGAGUAAAACUAGCCCAAAAGCAUCCCAAUGACUAUUCACAGCCCAAAUCCCAUUAACUAAUGAAUGAAAUCCGGUCAUCUUUAACCUCGAGAAAAAAUUGAUUUGUGAAACCGUUUAAAGUUAGCACAAAUCUUAAAUCCGCAAAAAGCAGAGGACUUGGCAACGCAGUGCACAGCAUCUCUCGUUGAGCUCACGUUUAUCUCUGGAUAAAUCUACAAAGUCAAAGCUGAGUAGGAGAAAGUUGUUCUCCAGAGGAUUUCAGAUAUAGGCAAUGAAAACACACUUUUCGAAAGGCGUGACACUAUUUUAUUACUUUAUGUAAUGUAAUGAAAGACAUGAACGUUCUGUGACAAAAAACAUUUGAUGCGUAAAUUAAAGGUAAAUAUAAAACAUGACCUUAAGCAUGAUUCUCCUGCGCAUGUGCACAAGGUAUUUUGGCAUCCGAUUGGGGGAAAAAAUACUACAAUUCACAUGUUUACAUGCAUACUUUUCAGAUCGGACUACACCACACCUUUUAAUACGAUCAAAAUUUGCAUCCGAUUGACCUCAGUCGUAUUGAUCAAGGUGUUUACAUGAAGACUUUUUGAGCCAUCAAUACGAUUACAAACAGAUUAUUUGUUGGAUGUAAAUGUAGGUAGUGUUAGAAAACCAUACUUCAUCAUACUCAUUGUUUAACAAAGAGUAGCUACCAUAAUAGAAAUUUGUAAUGUAACCCGUCUUGAAAAGCACAUACAUCACUUUAUUUGGGUCCAUUUAUUUCAUAACCAGCCCUUGGCUGAUGACUGUCAUUGACAAAAAAACUUACACAUGACUGAACAUUAAUGAUGAACCAGGAUCUUGUAUCCUGUAGUCUAACAUUCCAUUUCUUAUUAUUUUCCUACAUUUUAUUUUAGUAAAUCCAUAUUUAUGCUUUUACAACAGACACUAUUUUAACAUAAUUAAGUUGAUAGUACGCUAUGUGUUUUUGUAAUGCAAUAAUUCUAAUGUGCAUCGCAGGUAUCAUGCUGUAUGAAUAUGGUAAACAUACAGUGUCAUGGUAUUACAGUAAGAUACUAACUACACUGAAAGAUUCAGAAGACUUCAGAACAUCUCAAACUUCAGAGUUUAAACCUCAGACACUGACGCUACUUUAUAAACAAGUUCAACCUUUUGCCUUAAUUCAUGUUAUAAAAUACUAUAGUUAUAUAUGUAUUUGUUGUUUGUGUACCCUGCAGAAAUUCUUUUUAAUGAUAAUUUUUCCUUGUUUGCAAGUUAAAAUAAAACAAAUCUCUGAAUUUUAUUUUCAUCAUGCGCUGUUUUAAUAAAAGUGAUUGUGAUGUCUCACGAGGCUCUGACUUACAUGUAAACAUUCAUUACAGUUAGUAGAAAAUACAGAGAUUUUGUGUAUCACAGUUUAUCCCAAAAUGUCUGAGAAUGGAAUGUUGGUCAGUAUCGCCCAGCCAUAUUUUGACAUUCGUAAACAUUUUCAUUAACGUCUGAUUUAAUUUACUGACAUUGUAACAGGGUUGUGAUUUGCAGAAUAAACCCUUUAAUGUUUCUAUGGUAUUGUACUACAUAUAUUAAUGUCAUUUUUGUAAUCUCAACUACUUUUGAGGACAGCUGAUAUUUAAAUAUAUAUAUAUAUAACAAUUGUAUUGUCAAGUGGCUUUUUUUGUUUUUAACA